GAAGAAAAAAGGUCACUUCGUCAACUUGCAAACAAAACAAAAAGAUUUCAUUUUUCAAUGGAAACAAAACUUAAAGUUUAGAUAUUUCACAUUCUCAAUCGAUAAUGGCUCAUUAUCUAUGUCGACAAUCAUUAUUAGUCUAUCUAAUUUCCUUCUUUAACCCUUUUUCUCAGUGACUAGUGCAUGAAUUCUGAUUGGAAGUAAUCAAAUCCCACCAAAAAGCUCACCACUUUCCUAAAUCUUCAAGCAUACCCAUGAUUUUACUUUUCUCAAUUUACCUCCUUUUUUCAGGAUGAUUUUGGUUUGGUUUUGGGUUUUGGCAUCUCUGCCACUCAUUUCUUGACAAUCCUUCGUUGUUCUCUUCUCUAUCUUUGAGGAACUGGUUAAACCAAAACAAUGUUUUGGGUUUUGGUUCUGUUGAGCUUCAUUGUUCUUCUUGGUGAUGGGAUGAUUUCAGAGGGAGCUUCAAGGCCUCGUUAUGUUGAUGUUGGAGCCAUCUUCAGUUUAGGGACUUUACAUGGUGAAGUUACAAAUAUUGCCAUGAAAGCUGCAGAGGAUGAUGUAAAUUCUGAUCCUCUCUUCCUUGGUGGAUCAAAAUUGCGUAUAAUGACGUAUGAUGCUAAGCGUAAUGGAUUCCUCACCAUCAUGGGAGCAUUGCAGUUCAUGGAGACUGAUGCUGUGGCUAUCAUUGGUCCUCAGACAUCAAUAAUGGCUCAUGUACUGUCUCAUCUUGCAAAUGAGCUUAGUGUGCCUAUGUUGUCAUUCACAGCUUUAGACCCUAGCCUCUCGGCGCUCCAGUUCCCGUUCUUUGUCCAAACAGCACCUAGCGAUCUCUUUCUGAUGCGUGCCAUUGCGGAAAUGAUAAGUUACUACGGUUGGUCAGAGGUGGUUGCAUUGUACAAUGAUGAUGACAACAGUAGAAACGGUAUAACAGCCUUAGGCGAUGAGCUCGAAGGAAGGCGCUGCAAGAUUUCAUACAAGGCUGUGCUUCCUUUGGAUGUGGUGAUUACGAGUCCUCGUGAGAUUAUUGAUGAGUUGGUUAAGAUUCAAGGGAUGGAGUCUCGGGUUAUCAUUGUGAACACUUUCCCUAGAACAGGUGGGAUGAUCUUUGAGGAAGCCCAGAAGCUUGGCAUGAUGGAGAAAGGCUAUGUUUGGAUAGCUACAACUUGGUUGACUUCUCUGUUAGAUUCAGUUAACCCGUUGCCUUCCAAGAAUGCUGAAUCUUUUAGAGGAGUGCUCACUCUUCGUAUUCACACACCAAAUUCAAGAAAGAAAAAAGAUUUUGUGGCACGGUGGAACAAGUUGAGUAAUGGGACUGUCGGUUUAAACGUUUACGGACUUUAUGCUUAUGAUACUGUCUGGAUCAUUGCUCGAGCUGUUAAGACACUUCUAGAUAGCGGAGCUAACAUUUCCUUCUCUAGCGACCCAAAGUUAACCACCAUGACGGGAGGAGGGUCACUGAAUCUAGGUGCAUUGAGCAUAUUUGACCAAGGAUCACAAUUUCUUGAUUAUAUUGUGAAUACAAACAUGACUGGUCUUACAGGUCAAAUACAGUUUCUUCCUGACAGAUCAAUGAUACAGCCCUCAUAUGACAUCAUAAACGUGGUUGAUGACGGGUUUAGGCAGAUAGGGUACUGGUCUAACCAUUCUGGGCUCUCUAUUAUACCUCCAGAGUCACUAUACAAUAAGCCUUCAAAUCGUUCGAGCUCAAACCAACAUCUGAACAAUGUGACUUGGCCUGGUGGGACUUCUGUGACGCCACGUGGAUGGGUUUUUCCUAACAACGGGAGAAGAUUGAGAAUCGGUGUACCCGAUAGAGCAAGUUUCAAGGAAUUUGUGUCAAGGGUGGAUGGAAGCAACAAAGUGCAAGGGUAUGCCAUUGAUGUUUUUGAAGCUGCGGUAAAACUGAUAUCUUAUCCGGUUCCUCAUGAGUUCGUCCUUUUUGGAGACGGCCUCAAGAACCCAAACUUUAAUGAAUUUGUCAACAAUGUCACUACCGGGUUAUUUGAUGCUGUUGUAGGAGACAUAGCUAUUGUUACAAAACGAACAAGGAUUGUGGAUUUCACUCAGCCAUACAUAGAAUCAGGGCUUGUCGUGGUUGCUCCUGUCACAAAGCUGAAUGAUACUCCGUGGGCGUUCUUACGCCCUUUUACACCUCCAAUGUGGGCUGUUACAGCAGCUUUUUUCCUCAUCGUUGGAUCAGUAAUAUGGAUUCUUGAACAUAGAAUCAACGAUGAGUUCCGCGGACCUCCAAGGAAACAAAUUGUUACUAUUCUCUGGUUCACCUUCUCCACAAUGUUUUUCUCCCACAGAGAGAACACAGUGAGCACACUUGGUCGUGCUGUGCUACUGAUCUGGCUAUUUGUGGUACUGAUCAUAACUUCGAGCUACACAGCGAGUCUUACGUCGAUUCUUACAGUGCAACAGCUAAACUCACCGAUCAGAGGAGUAGACACACUCAUCAGCAGCAGUGGACGAGUUGGGUUUCAGGUAGGUUCCUAUGCCGAAAACUACAUGAUUGAUGAGCUUAACAUCGCCAGAUCCAGACUUGUACCACUCGGCUCUCCUAAAGAAUACGCUGCAGCUCUUCUAAACGGAACUGUUGCUGCAAUUGUCGAUGAGCGCCCUUACGUUGAUCUCUUCCUCUCGGACUUCUGCGGAUUUGCCAUUAGAGGCCAAGAAUUUACCAGAAGUGGCUGGGGAUUUGCAUUUCCAAGAGACUCUCCAUUAGCAAUCGACAUGUCAACCGCGAUCUUAGGUCUAUCUGAGACGGGACAGCUUCAAAAGAUUCAUGACAAGUGGCUUUCAAGAUCUAACUGCAGUAACCUGAAUGGUUCAGAGUCAGAUGAGGAUUCAGAACAGCUUAAACUCCGUAGCUUCUGGGGAUUAUUCCUUGUGUGUGGGAUUGCUUGUUUUAUCGCUCUUUUCAUCUACUUCUUCAGAAUAGUUCGCGACUUCUGGCGCCACAGCAAGCCUGAGGAAGAAACUACAGUACCUUCACCAGAAAGUUCUCGUUCUAAAACAUUGCAGACAUUUCUAGCUUAUUUUGAUGAAAAAGAAGAAGAAACCAAGAGAAGGUUGAAGCGUAAGCGAAACGAUGAUCUUUCUUUACGGCCUUCUAGACCGGUAUGACAGAUCCAUCAAUACUCAAGCCAUCUUCUUCAAGCAUAUGAAAGAUGAAGAAAUGCAGACACAUACCUCAUCCAUAUAUAGUAGAAAUGUAGAAUGCAGAUAUUGAUUGAAACUAUACUUCAAGAAUAAACCUUGAAGGAAUACUGAACAUUUUUUAACCACAGAAAGUUGAAGCAUAAACAUGUAAGCAAAGCUGUAUCAUACAUAAUCUUAUAAAGACUAGUGGUGCCAAUCCGGUUUAGUUGCCUAAA